AUGGUGGUGUGCUGUGGCAACGUGUCGAGGCUGGCUGGAAAGCGCAGUUGUGAUACGUACGUGGGCUGCAGUGCAUACAGCUGUGGCAAGCGCUGCAACCUAACAAGUCAGAUAUGCUGUUACUCACAAUGUGCUGGCGGCUGUACAGGAUACGGGGACACCAAAUGUGUGUCCUGUGCGGGCAAGCGACUGGUACUCGACAAUGGGCAAACUAGGUGUGUUUCUUCUUGCCCACCGCUAACUACUGUCGAUCGGAGGACAAGUCGAGAGGUAGCAAAUCCCGACGGACGGUACAAUCACGAACUGGACUGUGUAAAGAGUUGUGCCGAUGUAAACCGGUUGACGUACAAACAAGACUGUGUGCGUACAUGUCCGCUGAACACAGAAGAUGAUGACAAUGGUGUUUGCCAGCCGUGUGCUCCGUUCUGUAAACGAAUCUGCUUUGGAACAGAUCAGUUACAAAGGAAAGUCCUAGAUGCAUCAUACCUGAAAAACAACCUGACUGGAUGCACUAUUAUUGAUGGAGAUUUACGAAUUGGGAUUGCUUCGUUUAGUCCUGACCCAAAUCAUCCUCAAGCAAUACCGUUGAAUGCCAACAAUCCAUCAGAACUCGAUGCUUUACUCACUGUCCAGAACAUCAAAGGGUGUCUCUAUUUGGACAAUGCACUCAUAGCGGAUGUGAGCUUUCUGAGGAACGUGCAGAAAAUUGGAAAAUGCACAACGUCCAACGUGGCGGCAUUUAGUAUACUUGUCAUUGGGACAAAAUCAAAAGUGACAUACUUGGGCCUCUCAAGUCUAAGAUCUGUUCAAGGUAACGCCUAUUUUACGACAUCAAACCUGUGCUACGUCGAUACGCUUAACAGAUGGGACAACAUUACAUCCAACCUAUUUGAUCAGACAACGGCAAACUGCACUGGUACGGUGUGCAACUCCCUCUGCUCCAGUGACGGCUGUCUGGGUCCGAACCCUACCGACUGCUAUGAAUGUAAACAUGUCUCAUUUGGCGGGACAUGUUUCCAGAACUGUGCUGAUGCUACACUGGCUUUGAACGAACCCCGACCAGUCUAUCUGGAUGCCAAGACCAGUGAAUGUCGUAUUUGUAAUUCACUUUGUUUCCCUUAUGGUUGCACAGGACCGACCAAUCAAGAAUGCCUUUCAUGCCCAAAGCUAAAGUUAGGUGGAAGCUGUGUGGACACGUGCCCCGAAGGAACCUACUUGAAUACGGCAACAUCCGAAUGUCAGCUCUGUAGCAUUGUCUGUCAAGCUACUGGCAGCACUAGUCCACAGUGUACUGGGCCUGGCACACAUCUUGGUGCUGGCGGAUGUACUCAAUGUUCAACGGGUGUGUACGAUAGUACAGGAAAGUUGGAAAACUGUGUUUCCCAAUGUCCAGCAGCUACAACUUACAGUACUGGUGUUAUAACAACUGAUGGUGUUCAGGAGUGUCGCUAUUGCAAUACUCAGUGUACCGGGGGAUGUCACGGCCCAGCGGCUACCGAGUGCACUUUGUGUAAAAACAACUUCAGGACGGUGUCAGGAUCCAAACUGAGACAAUGCGUCCAGAGCUGUGAUGCCGCUCAAGAUUACAUUUCUCAACAUGAAUGUCUUAGCUGCAAUAUGCAGUGUUCCGGUGGAUGCAAUGGCUCCUCCGCAAUGGACUGCACGGCUUGUAAAACAGCUUUCCAAAUUCAGGAUGGUGGCAAAAGACUGUGCUUGGCCAGUUGCCCACAGAAGACUUUCUCCAAAACUGUUGGUCUGCUACGCCAAUGUGUUGAUGAAUGUGACACCGGUAUGUAUAACAACACGGAUGGCGUAUGCCUACCCUGUCACGAGCAGUGCGCCAGUUCCUGCAUAGCCAGUGGCAACAGUGUGCUUAGUUGCGCAGGGCUGUGCAAAUUCUUUGCCGAGGAGGGGAACUGUGUGCAAGAGUGUGGUGCAUCGUAUCGAGCCGAUGAAGAAACAGGGGAGUGCGUGGGAGCAUCCAACGAGGAGCCAGACAAUGCACAGGAGCAGAAACCCUCAUCACUCCCUGUGAUUGCUGGCUCUGCUGGAGGUGGACUUGCAGCUCUACUACUCAUUGCUGCUCUUGCUUGUCUUGCUUGCAAGAGAGGGGAAUCAGCAAGACAGUGUUCCACUCUAACUGUUGACCAGGACAAUCUGAUCUUGGACAUUGUACCACCCAAGGUGGCACCGAACACUGCCGAGUUGAAGAUAGCAACUGAGCAUGAUAUCUCAACGGGUGAUAUGCUCGGAGAAGGAUCAUUCGGGCAUGUGUACAAGGGGGAAUGGUCACCACCAGAUAGCGAGCGAAUAGUUGUGGUUGCUGUCAAGGUGCUCAAAGAAACUGCAGGCUCUGCUGGAAGCAGUGAAUUUCUAGAUGAGGCAGUGGUGAUGGCGUCCAUGAACCACCCAUAUCUGGUGCGUUUGCUCUGUAUCUGCAUGGCACCUCGUGUCAUGUUGAUCACGGAGUUGAUGGAACACGGAUCGCUGCUCGCCUACCUACGCAAGCGCAAGAGGACGCUAACGGGCGACGUGCUUCUUCUUUUCGGACGACAGAUAGCUGAGGGAAUGGAAUAUCUGGAGGCAAAACGGGUGAUCCACCGAGACUUGGCAGCACGAAAUGUUCUUGUUGCUGACCACGACUGUGUGAAGAUCACUGAUUUCGGACUUGCUCAGCUGUUGGAUGUUGGAUCAGAGAAGUUUCAACACACCAGUGGCAAGAUGCCAGUCAAGUGGCUUGCACCCGAGAGCCUGGAAAAGCUGGUGUUCACACACCAAACAGACGUUUGGUCCUACGGUGUGACCCUCUGGGAGGUACUGACACAUGGCGAGGAACCGUACAAAGAGGCGCCGUCGAUGGCAAGUUUGCUGCAGCAACUCAGCAAUGGCCUGCGCUUGCCAAAGCCACCGGUGGUUGGCGCUGCCUUGUAUAGGAUAUUGACCCAAUGCUGGACGUGGAAGCCAUCGCAACGACCCAAUUUCACCAGCCUGGUUUCACAGCUCAGUGACAUGUGCCAGUGCCCCAACAAGUUCAUCAACAUUCAGAUCACAGUGGACAGCAAGGUAGAGCUGGUGGGGUUAUCAUCCCACGGCCAAGCUGCCGUGCAUGGACGUCUGAAUGAACCAAAUAACUAUACUGACCUGGUAGUGAACGAAACAGCCACGGCCUUGGAAACCGUCGACUCAGGCCAUGCAGGAUAUAUGCAACUCAGCACAAGCCAAGCAAGCAGCAGGGACUACUCAGCGAGUCGCACGGAGUUCGCCAAAAUCCCAGCUGGCUACAUGGAACUUGGCGUAGACCUAUCAGGUUACAUUGAGCUUGACGGACAGAGCUCUGGUUAUACUCGCUUAGGUGGAAGCCAAGCCGCAGAUUCCACACAAUCCAGCACAGCCCAAGCAGGGUACACGGAACUCAGUGGGACUCAGAAGCCUGGACACUCCUAUACAGAACUCAGCAAGGAGCAGACAACUGACACGAAUGUGAGAAUGACGGAAACUUACAAGCCAGCAACAAGAUCGGGUGAAAACCAUUAUGAAAAUCUGGGCAAUGACCAAUACACGGAACUGUGUGGAACUGAACUCCAGGAAAGCUACACUCAGGUUGGCUUGGACCAAGAAAGGUGCGGUGCAUCUACCCAUGUCCGUUCUCAAUACACCAAUGUUAAUCUGAUGCAGCCAGCUGGCGGUACAAGCAACUACAUGCCUCUCUGCGGUGGUACAUCAGCCAAUCACAUUGGCCAUGGGGAUCAUAGUAAUGCUGAUCCAGCCAGCCGCCUGCACUCCUGUGGAGCAGUAGGAGGCCAGCCCAAUGCAGGAUCACCGCCGCCAAGUGCAGCCUCGGAUUGCACAAGACUUGCCCACUCCACCGUAGGUGACUACACCCGGAUGCCGACAACCAGCUCGUCUCCUGCCAACAUCUACAUGCAGCUUACUGCUGGAAACCUGCAAGAGAACGUAGCGUACGGAUGUCUCACUGGCGGUGCGUCGGAUCACAAGUAGAUAUCGCUCUCACGGAUCUUACUUCAAGUAUUUUCCAAACAUUCUAAUAGUGCUAUGUCCACGUCGAUAUCCGCCUUGCUACUUUUAAGAUAUCAUAUCUUUCCUUAGCCAACAUUUCCAUGUUCAUACUGCAUGUACUGGCUUAGCAGCUCUGCGGCGUACUAUUGUUAGACUGAGUCGGUCCAUGCCAUUGACCAUGGAUACAUGUGAGCUCACAUGCGCUGUGAAUACACAGACGUCACAGGUGUAAUAUUAACUACAAUUGUAUUGCAAUACAGCUAGUGGUUGAUGCAGAGCGGCUCCAUUACAUCUCUAUCAAUAUGAAGUUCAGCUCGAGAAAGGGCAUCCAUAGCAUGUCGCUCAGCACUGUAAUAAGUCAAAGUCCCGGGAGCUCAACUUCCUGUGUUGUAGUGUCAGGUUAUUCUCAGAUUCAUCCCAUCUUGCUCAGCACUGCUACUUUCCCUUUUGUAGUAAAUCUUCUCUGCCUUGGUUUGUGCACAGGGAAAAAACUGGAACUACUUGAAGUAAAUGGAAGUUCACAGUUACAUGUAGGACCUCUAACUAACAGUUGUUUCAUUGGUUUGAGUCCUGGCUGUGACAAUUUUUUUCUUCAGACUUUCCUCCUUUUCUCUUAUUAUGUGUAUGAUUUUCCCAAUAGUUGGAAUGGUUUCAACUCCGGGCCCUCAACGGAUGAAUACACAGUGUGUAGUUUUUAGGGCAAUGUAUCUGCAGGCCUCGAGCCAAUACUUCUUCCCUGAUAUGUAAUUUCUUUAUUUAUCACCGUUACACACUACAUUCUGUUCAGUAUUUAUAAACCACAAAUGUCUAUCAAGAUUGCGCGAUUGUUUGCAAUAACGAAAGUCCAUGCC